AUGUCAUCUCUCCAGGUUCAGAGAAGUCUCGAGCUGCGGAUUGAAGCGCAGAGCAAAUACCUCGAAACCAUUCUGGAAAGAGCCUGCAAUGCUCUCGUAGAUACAAAUCUAAGAGCAAAUGAGAUCGAAUCAAACCCACAAAAAUCACCAGAAUUCGGCAACAGAGAAAUCCAUGGAUGCUUGGCCUUCUCAUCCGAGCCUCUCCAGCUGCCUCUCUUGUCUGAAAUAGCAGGGGCGGAUGAGAAACCUGGGAGCCGAGCUGAGCGCAUGAAUGGCUGCUCUGUAGAGAGCUCCUGCUCUUCCAACGGUAGCUUUGGUUCCAAGGGGGUUUUGAAGAAGCGGCCGCGCAGUGUGCUUUUCAAUGCUCGGUUGAAUUUUGGUAAUGGUCUGCUUGAGGAUCAGACAUGGAUGAGUUCAGCUUGA